UUAGUCUGUGAAUCAGUUCCAUACAGAGUGGUGGCAUUGCCUGGAGUGUCUUGUGUGACAGAUGUCUGGACCAGAGUGAUUCCUGGACAGAGUCGUGUGCUUAGAUGUACGCACUGCCAUGGCGCCCCGACGUGAGCAGUUCUACAUCCUGCUCGCCGUGUUCUCCGCCCUCGCCACCCUCACUCUCCUGGAGUUCGCAGAGAGAAACCAGGACGGAGGCAGAGGCAGGAGAGGGAUGCUGGGCUCUCAGAGAGGCUCCACUGGGCGAACCAUCUACGUGGUGACCGGAACUUACCAGCGGUCCAACCAGAUACCAGAGAUGACCCAGCUGGCCCAGACCUUGAUGCUCGUGCCAGACGUGCACUGGAUCGUGGCCGAGGACACCCGCGUGGAUAACGAGAAGCUCAUCCAAUACCUCAUGUCCACGGGGAUUUCAUUCACGUAUCUGAAAACUCCCAUGCCCCGACAACUCCUGAAAUGGCGGCAUCCUCCCAAAGGCGUCCCCAACCGCCGCGCCGCCCUCGCCUGGAUCCGCAAGAACGCGAAGACGGGCGUAGUCUACUUCGCUGACGACGAUAAUACUUAUGACUACAGGCUGUUCGAAGAGAUUCGCUCGACGAGAGGCGUGUCGAUGUUCCCCGUCGGCUUCGUGACUCGACUCCAGCUCUCGACGCCCGUGGUGAAGAGGGGGCGGUUCUCCGGAUGGUACGACGGCUGGGUGAUUGACAGGAAGUUCCCCGUCGACAUGGCAGCGUUUGCCUUCUCCGUGGAGUUACUGCAGAAACGGCCUCGUGCCAAUAUGGCCUGGUCCUAUGACUAUCAGGAAGAGAGCAUUCUUGCCAGCCUCGGAGUGGCGCCUGAGGACAUCGAGUUCAAGGCCGAGAACUGCACUAAGAUAUGGGCGUGGCACACGAAAUCAGUGAAACCAAUGCCCGCAGCCAGGGACCUGUGCGACGCUCGCUACGACGGGACAAAUCUGCGGUUUCUGGAGAGCCAGAUGGAGCUGGAAGGGACAGCGUGCCAACCUAAGAGCCAGACGCAGGAGGAGGGACAGGAGAGGCUGGAGGCGGCGCCACUCGUGGAGGAAGAACCGACGGAAAAAUUCGGAAUGGAUUAUGAGAACUGAAGUCUUUAAAAAGGGGGCGCGCGUUGUGUAUUCACUGAUUGUUAUCAUUCAGUACUCGUUUUGCCUUGAGAUGACCGCCGCCGUAGGACAGCGGUAACUUGCACUGAAGGGGACCAAGAGGAUUCCAAAGUCUCCAAGGCCGAGGUUAAGAAGAAUGUCAAAGGAAAGUCCUUUGAAAAAGGACCUUGUCUUUGCCUCUCUGAGGGAGUUCGAGAUGUACAAGUGAAUCAUUAUUGGUUUGUUUUGAAACUGUAUAUAAUUACCUAUUUUGGAGAGAUGUGUGUGCGUUGUGUGUACUAUGCACACAAUGCCGAUUUUAGAGUUUUGGGCUCUCAUAUAUUGUGCAUUCUUACUCACAUAUGUAAAAGCAGAGAGAGAGAGAGAGAGA